GUACUGCGGUUCCUAGUCUCUCUCUCAGCACAGCUGCCAUGUUCCUUGCAGUGUGUUCCAGCUCCUGUUUGCAGUCUCUGUGUCGGUUCCCUGGGCUCUGGCUGCAUUCCUGCUAGGUAUCUCCGUGGAUAUAUAUGCGGGAGUCCUUUGUACAGCGUGGCGACUGGAGGAAGAGCAAGGGGGUUGGAAAUAAACAGAAAAUGCUCGAGGAUUGAAGGUCAGGAGGAGCCUGUGGUACCAAACAUGUCUCGAGAGGAGAGUGAUGUGCGACGGAGCGACUCAAUCAUCCCAUGUUUCAUCUGUAUUGAGUUGAUGAUUAUGGUCGGGACAGUGUUGCUUACCUACUACCUGGAAUUCACAGAUACCUUCUCGGUCCAUCGUCAAGGCUUCUUCUGUUUUGACAACAGCUUCACGAAACCAUAUCCAGGGCCAGAGGAAACCAGCCUGCUACCCCCAGUCCUGCUCCAAUCCCUGGCCUCUGCUAUCCCCAUGACAACAAUUGUUUUCGGUGAGUUAGCGGCAUUUGUCUUUCGGGCAGAUUUAGUCCGUGAGGAGAGAACGAUUGUGACUGCAGACUGCUGUUCCCUCAAUCCGCUACUUCGCAGAGUCAUCAGAUUUUUGGGUGUCUAUACAUUUGGCUUGUGUGCCACAGACAUCUUCGUGAACGCUGGGCAAGUAGUGACGGGCAGCCCUGCACCGCACUUCAUGACAGUGUGCCAGCCGAACUAUACUGCCCUGGGCUGCCAGCUCUCCACUCAAUUCGUCAACUCAGAGAAUGCCUGCACGGGGAGCCCGGGUGUCGUGUCUAGUGCCAGACGUGCCUUCCCUUGCAAGGACUCUGCCCUCACAAUGUAUGCAGCGGUGUACACUGUGAUGUACGUCACAAUUAUGUUCCAAGCCAAGGGUACACGUCUGACCAAGCCCGUGCUCUGCCUCACACUCCUGUGCUUGACCUUUUUAACUGGAGUGGUGCGUGUGUCGGAGUUUCGGAACCACUGGUCCGACGUCCUGGUUGGGUUCCUCACUGGUGGGGCAGUGGCAUUGUUUCUGGUGUGCUGUGUUCUGCAUAACUUUAAGAGCCUGAAAUUGUCCCGGGAGAAUCCACGUGGCAUGCAGGAACCGGUCUGUGUGAAGCUUGCGCUCCCGUGUGUGGAGAGUCCACUCGAAAAAAUUGCUCAGCUGCAUUCUCAGAAGGUACGUGACCAGACUUCCAGCUUCUUCCCAUCCACGCCGGAUGUCCUGAUUGCCACUCAGUCCGUGAUGAGCGAAGUCUGAGCUGCAGCCCUAUCGGCAGGGCUGCGUAUGGAGCGUUUUGCAUGGUUUCCCUUCGCACAGCAGCAGUCUCAUCAUUUUAGAAUGGAGUCUUGUGAUUGUCAACUUCUUAGGAUUGUUUGCCUGGAAUAUUGUCUGUCUGUUUUUCUGGUUGGUUUUCAAUAUCCCCAUCUUUGGAAAUUCAAUGUUGGAAAGUCAUCCCCAGAGUAGCUGCUAACCCCAGUACAAACACAGCUAGUGCACGUGUUCAUGUGUCAGACAUCACUGGAGUUGAGUUGAAAACCUAUAGAUGUUUAUAAAAUCAUUAGGGGCAUGGGUAGGGUGAAUAGCCAAGGUCUUUUUCCCAGGGUAGGGGAAU